ACCACAAUCACUUCAGGCCCCCAUCCUUAUUUCCUUUCUGUUACUUCUCUCUCCGCUCUUUGUCUCCCCUCUCCCUGCCUUGACUCUCAUUGCGUCUCAUUUCUUUCACCUCCUUCCUGAUGGCUUAUACCCAUUCCCUUAUCAUCUCGCCUCUUGCUGUUACCUUACCUCCUAGCUGUUUUUCUCCUGGAAGCUGAUCUCUCUUUCUAUCUUGUUCUCUUCUUCCUAUCAUUUCAGGUUAUUUCAUCUUCCCUUAUUAUUUCACGCUUCACUAUUAUGUCAUAGACUCAUUUUUUUAUCUCACUUCUUCCCAUUACCUCAUCUCUCCUUCAAUCUGGUCCCCCCUCUCCCGGUUCCCAGUUAUCCCAUUCCCUUCUCCCGGUCACGCUCCGUUCCUCUCUCCUCCACUAGCUGGGGGAUGGAUAAGUCACACACACAUCACGUCCCCUCUCUUAUUGUCUCAAUGUUUCUGUUUAAAAAACUUCCUCCUUUGGCGGUCCGUGGUGAGUUCCAUCCCCAGCACUGGCUCUUCCCCCAUAGCCCUAGUCCUCGGAGGAGGGGCUGUCAACGGGCCCCUCCCGGAGCUCUUCAGGCUGGGGGGCCCAAAGUCCGCAGGCGGCCUGCGCUAAGAAGACUCGGUGGGAGGAGAGCCGCGGCGGCAGCCUCCCUCUGGGAUGCUCCUCAGAGGAAGCCACCAACCCGGGAGAGCUGCGCGGGGCAGCGGAUUGGGGCCCAGACCCAUCGGUGGGGGUCGCUUGGCAAGGGCCAAGCCGGAGACGCGCGGUUGGCAGAUGGAGACAGUGCCUCCAAUACAGUUUUCUCCUUUUUCUCCCUUAUCUCCCUCCUCCCUCCUAGCGCUCUCCCGGGGAGACUACUUUCAGCAAGUCUGCGGGAAACGCAGGGUGAAGGAGAGAGCCCCGAGCAACGAGACCACCUGGGAGGGGAAGUGGCCUUGGCAAGUGAGCGUCCAGUAUGGGAAGCACUACCUCUGCCAGGGGACCCUCAUCGACCUGCAGUGGGUGCUCACGGCCUCGCACUGCUUCCACAUAGUCAAUGAACCGGCUGCCUACUACGUUAUAAUAGGCAACUAUAAGUUGCAUGAGAUAAGCCCCAGGUCUGUCAGGAUUGGAGUGAAGAUGAUUUUUAGGCACCCAUAUCUUAAAAAUACUCAGCCCUUUGCACACGACGUUGCCUUGCUCUUCCUGAAGGUGCCGGUGAAGUUGUCUCCAUAUAUCAUGCCCAUCUGCUUGCCGGAAUCAGACCUGAAAUUUGAAAAGAAGGUUUGCUUGAUGACAGGCUGGGAAAGAACUGUCGGCACAGUCUCCUUGGCGAAGACCUUCUCUCUCCAGGAGGUCCAGCUUCCUUUUAUUAAGAAUUCUGAGUGCAACGCCCUCUAUGCAUCUAUGGAGAAUUCCACGAGUAACACAACGUUGUAUGAGAUAAAGGAUGAAAUGCUGUGUGCCGGCGACCUCAAUAACCCUAAAGUGAUCUGCCUGGGAGACAUUGGGAGCCCCCUUGUCUGUGAGUUCUCAAACAUCUGGAUGCAGAUGGGCCUGGUGAGCUGGAGCACCCCAUGUUCCCCCACUUACCUGACCGUAUUCACCAGGCUAGCCCCUUAUCUGGACUGGAUUGAAAAGAUCAAGAGAAUCGCCUUUCUAGAAACUUGGGCAGUUAGAAAGAAAACGGAGAAAGUUGGGAACCUGGCCUGGACUCUAUCAGGCCCCCCUUCCUGCUUCCCCAUCUUCCUUGUCCCUUUGCAGAUCAUGUUCCUGCACCACUCGUUCUGCCUGGACCUCCUCAUGGCCCCGUGACGUCCUCCACCCCAAGUCUUCUUGGGCUCUUCUUCUCCAUCUUCCCUUGCUUUCACACAGGCUUCCCUCCCCCCUCACAUUACCCCAUCAUCUCCAUCACACUACCUUAGGCCUGUGCCCCACAAAAUGUCUCAGACAAAUUUUCCAGGCGUGCAAGCGGGACUGGUAUGGAAGUGGGUAGUGGGGGGGGAGGUGCUGGAGUGCCUGGGCUGUGGGGGUGGGACGGGGAAGGGAGUGGGAGCAGUGCUGGGGCAGAUCUUUUUGUGGAGGGGCUGAGAGCCCCAGGGGCUGGGGACAGGCAGUCAUUGAGACAGGUGAAAAGAAAAGCACCAGGAUGGAUGCUUUCAUUAAACUGCUAAAAUCAAAAGAACUUUGGAGUUUUU